GAUAAAGCGGGAGGUGUAAUAUGUAGAGUUAUAAGCUGUAUUUCCGGCGGUAUAAAUUAAGUAUAGAUUGUGUUCAAUAUUUUUUUGAAUCACAUAUAAGGAGGAAAAAUCGUUGAGUAUACAAUAUAUGAUGAGAUAAGGAGGGAGGUGUAAUAUAUGUAAAGUGAUAUUCUGUAUUUCCGACGGCCCCUGAAGGCUGCACCGGCACAGACGUGGCCGUGGUGCAGCUGCUGCGUUCAAGUGGCGCAGUGUCCCGUCUGGAGGCAGAGAGGGCGAAGUUUCACUCUCUGCAUUGCAGCCUGAGCGCUGCUGCCGGAAUCCAACACAACAAUGGCGACUCCCAGUCCUGACAGUAACUCCACAAGCUCCAGCAACAGCAGCAGCAGCAGCAGCAGCAGCAUCGUGGGAUCCACGUCGCACCAGUUCCACCAGCAGACACAGAGCAGCAGCAUGCAAGAAACCAACACCUGCUGGAGAUGUCAGAAUGAAACAGGGUUUCAGAUAAGCCUGUCUGGAGUUUCCCAAAGUAAACGUAAAGCUCUGAAGCUGAAUUUCGCCAACCCUCCAGUGAAGCCGACCUCCAGGCUCCCGAUCAAUCCGACGCCUCCCUCCUUCCAAAACCCUCACAUAGAGCGUCUGCGGACACACAGCAUGGAGUCGUCGGGGAAGCUGAAGAUCUCCCCGGAGCAGCACUGCGACUUCACGGCGGAGGACCUGAGGGACCUCGGGGAGAUCGGGCGCGGAGCGUACGGCUCCGUCAACAAGAUGGUCCACAAGCCCACGGGCCAGAUCAUGGCUGUCAAGAGGAUUCGCUCCACUGUGGACGAGAAGGAGCAGAAGCAGCUGCUGAUGGACCUGGACGUGGUGAUGAGGAGCAGCGACUGUCCCUACAUCGUUCAGUUCUACGGCGCCCUCUUCAGAGAGGGCGACUGUUGGAUCUGUAUGGAACUAAUGUCUACCUCAUUAGACAAAUUCUACAAAUAUGUAUAUUGUGCAUUAGAUGACGUCAUUCCAGAGGAAAUAUUAGGCAAAAUAACAUUAGCGACGGUUAAAGCACUGAACCACUUAAAAGAAAACUUGAAAAUAAUUCACAGAGACAUCAAACCUUCCAACAUUCUUAUGGACCGAAAGGGAAACAUCAAGCUGUGUGACUUCGGCAUCAGCGGUCAGCUGGUGGACUCCAUAGCCAAGACCAGAGAUGCCGGCUGCAGGCCGUACAUGGCGCCGGAGAGGAUAGACCCCAGCGCUUCCAGACAGGGCUACGACGUCCGGUCCGACGUGUGGAGUCUGGGAAUCACCCUGUACGAGCUCGCCACAGGAAGAUUCCCGUACCCCAAGUGGAAUAGUGUUUUUGAUCAGCUGACUCAGGUGGUGAAAGGAGAACCUCCUCAGCUCAGCAACUCAGAGGAGAGACAGUUCUCCCCCAAGUUCAUCAACUUCGUCAACCUAUGCCUUACAAAGGAUGAAUCAAAAAGGCCAAAGUACAAGGAGCUUCUGAAACACCCCUUUAUUCUGAUGUAUGAGGAGCGAUUCGUGGACGUCGCCAGCUACGUGUGUCGCAUCCUGGAUCAGAUCCCUGCCUCUCCCAUCUCUCCUAUGUAUGUGGACUGACUGAGUUAGGGCUGGGUGGGGGGGGGGGGGGGGUCACCCAUCACACAGUGGGUGGGACACUAAAGCUUUGUGAUGCGACGCUUGACAUCUUAGCCCUCAGAGUUACGUAGGAUCAUCUGUUUAUUCACUUGUUCCAAAGAACAAAGGAACCGAGUCCAAACUGCCCGGUGCAAUAAGACGAAUAUUGUUAAUCAAACUCCUCCAUCACCUCGUUCAUAUUAUCAUCCAUAUUCAGACAGAAAAACUUGAAGACAUGAUGUUGUCUUAGUAAAAAAGGAAUAGAAAUCUACAUAUAUGGUAUAAAUAUAUUUACUUGAACUCAAACACAGAAUCUACCAAAUAAAACAGACGUGACGCUCCUGACGUUAGAACAAAAACAGCCUUCUGUUGGAUUGUACAUCGUGGACUGUAUGUUUGCAUAUGUGUGUUCACCUCUGACUUGUUGACAUGUACAGAUGUAUGCCGACAGACACACACACACACACACACACACACACACACACACACACACACACACACCUUCACUCGUGGUAAAUGAGUAUGCAAAAGUGUUUCCUCAGAGCUCAUGGACGUGGUGGUGUGGCUUUACUUCUUUUUAUUUUUCUAUAUGCAAUCUGUGAGAGUUCAUCGUGACACGUGAUCGGGACGAGACAUUUCUCACAUCCACUGUGAGCCCCGGGUUUUACCUCUCGUAUGUUAUCGUCACAUUAGAGUCGAUGACUGAGCAGCUGAUUUAACGAAAGAUAAUUCAAAAACCAAGAAAAGUCGUUCAACAACAUUCGUCAGUUUUAAAAGUCUUUGCAAAGUCCUUAACGUGAUAGUUCAGGUUAUUAGACGGUGGUUCAAGUUAGAAAAAAAAACAAAUGUCAGUUGAAGUGUACACUUUAUUUUGAAAAUUUUUACCACUUAAUCUGCUGUCAAACGGCCCUUUAUUUUGGAAUUAUAUUUUCUCAACUGUUGAACUUCCAUAAUCCUACGCACUAGCGGUUCGCUCUGUCUGACUGGAGCAGCUGUAGAGUGAGGAAAGAAUACAGUUCAUCAGUUCAUAAACUGCAGUUCCAAAGUAAAGCUCCGUUUGACGUCAGAACGGGGAAAAUUUUCAAAAUAAAGCGACCACUUUAACUGAUAUUACUUUUAUUUAGUGGCUAAAACAGGUUUUUCUGCUACAACAAAGUGGCUGUCUUCAUUUUACAUUUUUUUUAUAUUUAAUUUGACUGCGUGACAUUUGAACUGAUGAGCUGAGAAACAUUUCUACACAGAAACGUGAGCACACGUUUCGUUUUAUACAUGACUGAAUUAACAUUAAACAGCUACAACUGAUAAAUUACAAAGUGUUUGUUAUUUUCACUGUGGAAAGUCGGAGCUGAAGCUAAAGAUGAAGCUAAAUUCCUCUGUGUUUUCUUCAGUUCUCUUCGCUGGUAAAAAUAACAAAAGGUUUGAUGUGAGAUUCGUUUGCAUCCGAGCUUCACAAAUCUUUGCUAACGUGGAACUGGAUCAAUUAGCUGUUACUCAAACACAAACACAAAUUGAAGAAGGAUGUGACCACAGCUAUCGUUAGCAUGUCGGAUUGGAGAUAGAAAUGGACUUGAAACUUGAUUCUGUGGUUAAACGUCUUUUUAUAAAUUGACAGACAGAAUUAUUUUAAAUUCAGAUUUAAUACAUGAGAUAAAUGUUGUUCCUUCUGAGUGUUUUAGAGAUCAACAACAAAUUUCUACGACUCGGAUGCGAUAACAGAUGAGAGACACAAACCGGGGCUCAGCCAACGUUACAUUGCCUGAUGUAAAGAAACUUUAGGACGUCAUGUCCCUCUGUGUAAAUGUGUUUGUACAUAGUUCAUGUGAUCUGCUGUUCCUGGCAGGUUCUGCUCGACCGUUGAGGCUCGUUUCUCAAACACAGACGUGAUCAGAUGAGGCGGUGAUGAGGAGGAUGAGCUUUAAUGCUCCUCAGCUGCCUGUUAAAGCACUGUACAGUUCAACUGCUCAUCCGCACCGAUCACAGCUCCGCCACGCUGCCACCCAGAGGCAAACAGCAGUAACUACAUUUCAAAGGGUUUCCUGUUGAGAGAAAAGAUAGAUGCUGCUAAACGACAAACUUGUCCACCAACCACACACCUGUCAGUAGGGGGGGGGGGGGGGGGGGGUCUCAGUCACUGCUCUUUGACCCUGAAGGUGACCGUGAACUCAGCAUGUUCCUCGUGAUUCGGCACGUCUCUCUGGCUUGCACUGAUGACAGAAUGUUUCCACGCCAAACCAUGUAUUAUCUCAGGAUGCGUCUCCAUAGUCUAGAAACACGUCCCCUCACCUGUCCUCCCGAUAGACUGACGUUUACCUGUACUGGGUCAGGUGACAGGGAAGCUGAAAACCUGAGACUAUUGAGAUCCACCCUCCGUUAUUCCCUCCCAGAAAGCCAUGUCUAGUCGGUGUUAGCUAGGUAACCAAACCAUCUGUAUGACUGAUAAACCUCCAACAGUGGGACUCUGUAGAGACUUAAUGUAAUAAAUGACUUUAAAGUAUGA